UCUUCGAGCAGGGCCUUGUCGAACUUCCCUAGCGAAAAGAAGAAGACUCCACAGAGGGGAAGAUCGCCGAGGAGGGAUUCGCCCAAGCGGGGUGGACAGAAGAGGGCAUCGCCUCGAAGGGAGAGUCGAGAUUCAAAACGGGAAAAGAGAGACGAGUGGCAGAGGAGGCCGAUGUUGUUUGAGAGACAAAGAUACCAAACUUUCACGCCCUUGAGGAAAGAUAUGACGGAGGUUCUCGAAGCCAUGGAGCAGAAGAUGCCGAGUGAGGACGUGACUUUGCCAAAGACGAGGUUUACAGGCCCAAUUCGACCCAGGUCAGAUAUUUACUGCCGCUUUCACAAAGAUUACGGCCACACCACGGAGAAUUGCAGACAUCUAAAGGAUGAGAUCGAGAGGCUGAUUCGAGCAGGUUACUUAAAAGAAUUUGUGUAUCAUGAUAGGGUGAAGGGGAAAGGAAGGAGAAGGUGUAGGGAAGACUCGGAGGAAAGGAGCGAUAGAGAUGAGGAGGGAGAUGGUCGAGGUGGUCGAGGAAAGAAGCCAAGGAGAGAUGAUGAUAAGGGAGGACAUGGAGGAGAGGCCCCGGUGAAGAGAGGAACUAUCUACAUGAUAUCUGGUGGUCCAACCGAUGGUGACUCGAAUAGGGCCAGGAAGGAGCACGCUCGAGCAGUGAAGAGGAAGAGAGAGGAGAUGGGGAUUACGGCCCGCAUGCCAGUGAUAAGUUUUAAGGCGGAGGAUGCCGAGGGGGUUGUCUUGCCGCAUAACGAUGCUCUGGUGAUAACCGCGGAGGUUGCAGGCUUUGAUGUGAAGAGGGUCUUCAUUGACACAGGAAGCUCGGUGGAUGUGAUGUUCUAUGACUGUUUUGUGCAGAUUAAUAAGGAGUUGAGUAUGGAGUUAAAACCGGUGACCAUGGCACUUUACGGCUUUAAUGGAGGAGAAGUCAUGCCGAUGGGAGAGGUCAGUUUGCCCGUGGCAUUGGGAUCAGGGGAGUUGAGGAAGGUGCGCAUGGUGAGAUUUGUGGUU